UCAAGUGACAAGUACUGGCAAAUCUUUCCUCCAUAUAAUGAAUGCUGCAUUGGCGGAUAAUGGGACUUACACAUGUCGUGCCACCAACAAUAUAGGGGAACGGGCUCAACAGGAAACCAAAGCUGAACGGGAGAUAGAAUUAACAGUGUACGGGCCACCUGUCAUAUUGAAUCAUGAAGUAGCGGAAUGCAGUGCUGAAGGAAAGGUUACGAUUGAAUGGAAACCUAACAAUCAAACCAUCGGCAUCGUCCACAGAAUUUCAGCAACUCGCAAAGGUGACACUAUAGCUAAUUACACACAAAACAUAACAGCACAAACACAUGAAACUACGGAAAUUGGAAAGCUUGCUCCCCACACCAACUAUACAAUCAAGAUAACCGUUUGUCCGGAUAAGUGCAUUACAAAACUGCACGCACAAACACUAAUAAAAACCGGAAUUGGGAUACCGAGUCCGGUUACCGACGCCCGAGUUGUGAUCUCUGAUCAACAAUGCAACAUCACCUGGUCGUGGUCGAAGUCAAUACCGAAAGCGGAUACGACAUUCGAGGUUGGCGAAGAAGCUAAAUUUGUCCUACUGCCCACAAGUUUAAAGCAACAAAUAUUUACCACAAACUAUACAUACAAAGGAACAGAGUUGGAUACAUUUCAUGUUCAAGUUGUAACGAAGCCAAAUCGUAAUUAUACUUUCUACGUUAAAGCAAUGAGUUGCGCUGGUGGAAGCGAUAGAGUAUCGGCGGUUGGACAAUGUGUCACAGAUGUGAGAGCUCCAGAAAGUGUUUCCCCACCAACAACGAUUCCACCAACCGGAGAUUCGCAUACGCGAACAAUAAAAAUUACUGUGCCUGACGAGACAAACGGCCCGAUUAGCUGCAUAUUCAUCGUUAUGAAAUAUGGUGGCAACACAUCCGAAGAUGCUCAGGUUACAACAGAUCAGCUUGAACGAGCAUCGGAAGCUGCAUUGGCUGACGCAUCCGAUGGCAAAGAGUAUUUAGCAAUGGCUAUACAACGAUCUACAAUAGAAGGAUCCGGGGUAGAAAAAACACUCGGAGAUGGCACUUCGAGUACUUGUGACAUUCCAUAUUCGGUAUCGUCUACAGAUUCAUCACGGAAGAGACGUUCGGCCAUGCAAACAAUCACAGGAAAGAAUUUAAAAUUGGAAAUGGGUGCCACCUAUACCUACUAUGCAGUUACCUCAACAACAAAUGGAACAAAGGUUUGGCUAAAACAAAGUUCAUCAGUAUCUUUUGAACACAAGAAGGCUGAAGGUAACAGCAUGAUAUGGAUAGUCGGAGUUGUUAUUGCUCUAGUGUUAUUGAUUCUGAUCAUUAUAAUUGUCGUUUGCUUACGGAAAAGACGGGGUGAGAAAUAUGAUGAUGUGACGUAUACCAAGGAGACCAACACCGCAGUAAUUCGGGCUCCGUCGUUAUCAACUAGAGAAGACGAAGGAGAUGUUUAUGCAAAUGUCGGGGCUAAAGUUGACGAAUCACGUUCAACAACUUUGAUUGCACUGAAAGAUUUAUUCUCUGUGUUUGAAGAUCAAAAUGCAAAUAACGGAACGAAGUUUUUCAACGAGUUCACGAAAAUGAAACAGGAAGCGGUGACAACGUUUACCACUAAACUCGCUUCGAAGGAAAGUUUGAAAAAGAAAAACCGAUACAAGAAUAUAUUACCAUUCGAUUUAUCAAGAGUCCACCUCAAAGGAGAAGACGACGAAUCAUACAUUAACGCUUGUUACGUCCAUGGCUACAGCAAAUCCAAGAAGUUCAUUGCAACUCAAGGACCUCUGUCUUCGACAGUGAAUGAUUUCUGGAGAAUGAUUGUUGAACAGAAAUCCAAAGUUAUUAUAAUGUUGACAAAAUGUUUUGAGGCACAAAAGCGAAAAUGUGAAAAAUAUUGGCCUGACUUGGGCAAGACACAAAAAUAUGGAAGCAUUAAAGUAUCUUGUGACGACGACAGAAGUUAUGGGGGAUACAACAUACGAGUUUUUAAGAUAUCUCAUGGCGAUUCGCCUGCCUAUCAAGUCGAACAAUAUCAUUUCCUGAAUUGGCCCGAUCAUGGAGUUCCUAUUACAACUUCUAGCUUUUAUCGAUUCUAUGAAGGUUGUAUGGGAAGCCAUGGUAACGAAGAUUACCCUAUUAUUGUGCAUUGCAGUGCUGGCGCCGGUCGAACAGGAGCGUUCAUUGGUUAUGACAACUUGAUCGAGGAAGCUGCUCGCACAAACCAUGUAGACAUCUAUCAAUGCGUUAUCAAAAUGAGACAACAGAGAUUGGACAUGGUUCAGACAAGCGACCAAUACAAACUUCUGCAUAAGUUUCUCUUGGAAUAUCAUUUGUUCAAAGAUACAGAUUCAGAUGAAUUCGGAAUCAAAGCAAAAAUUCAAGAAGACAAAAAGAGUGCUAAUGGAACAUCGAAGAUCAUGCAGGAAUUUGAAAACGUUAAAAUUGCAUCAAGCAUCAGCAAAAUCAGCGCAAAGAAUGCUGAAAAGUAUAAAGUUGUCAUCAAAUGGCAACCAGAAGAUGAGGAAGAGAAAACUAGUAUAAAUGCAAAUCAUAUUGAGGCAUACAAUGAAUCUAUUCGCAUGAUUGCUUGUGAAGGACCCGUUUUAUCAAAUGACGAUAAUUUCUGGAGAGCAAUUUUUGAUAAUGAUGUCACAACCAUAGUAAUGCUGGAUGAUCAAAAUAGACGCGAAACACAAUACUGGCCGAUAAAUGAAGGCGAGCCAUGUCGAGCCGGAAGAGGUUUGGUUCAACUAUUGAAAUCAUCUCCAAAUGCUCAAUACGUGGAAAGACAUUUUUUGAUGGCUCGUGAUGGGAAGAAGAAGAGCAUUACUCAAUUUCACAUUCCCGGGUUGAAUCCUACUGCAUGCCCUAAAGACGUAACAGCUUUUGUUGAGGUCAUACACAAGAUACAAACAAAAGCAGAAAGACGAGAUUUAUCAACAAUACUGGUGCACUGCAGGGAUGGCCUCGGAAAGACAGGAGCGUUUUGCGCAAUACUGAAUCUGAUUUCCCGCCUAAAAGUUGAAGAGAAAGCCGAUGUUUUCAGAGUUGUAAAAGAUUUGAGAGAUUGUAGGGCAGGCAUGAUUCAAAAACUGGAGGAAUACCGUUUUUGCUACAAAGCUCUGAAGCACUGGUUCAACAAUGACUAUAAAGAAAGCGCCGUUGAAGAGAAUGCGUACGAGAACACAGCUCAAUCCAAACAACAGGAAGAGGCUAUUUAUGAAAAUCACCAGCCGGGAAACAAAUAAAAGAAUUUUAUUUUCAACUUCAUCUUUCUUGAUUUAUUUGAUUUCCUCGGAAAGUCGAUUUGAGACAGAAAAAAUCGGAAAAAAUCUAAAAGAUUAAAAUUACCUUCAAUCAACAGACGGCCCCAAUCCGCCAGAAAUAAAUAUUAAAAAAACUAUUCGUCAGAUUAUUUCAUAGGGAAUUUAUGUUUAGGGGAUUUCCAUUUCAUCUCGUCUCAACACAAAAAAUCAGAAAAAUUCCCAAAAGCGAAAUCACCAUUAAUCAGUAGACGGCCCCAAUUCCCCAUAUAAAAAAUUAAACAAAAUACCAUUUUGUCAGAAUUUUCAAUAGAGAAUUCGUGUUUGUGGAAUUUUAAUUUUAUCUGCCAUUAUCAUAAAGUCGAAUAUUUAUCCACAACAAGUUUUGCUCAUGGACGCCUGCAAUCGACUAAAGGCCUCAAUAUUCCAUAAAAAUAAUAAAAAAAAAAAAUUUCCGUCAGAAUUUUUCAUAGGAAUUUGGGUUUGUUGGAUUUCCACUUUAUCUCGCCAUUAACAUAUAAUCGAAUAUUUUUCUACGCCAGUUUUUGCUUAUGAAUUUAGAAAAGUGCUUGCCUUAUUUAGUUUUUGGUAGUUUAAACUAUUAAGAGCGUUUGAAUAAACAUCUAUUCUUUGCAGAAGAACAUAUUCUAAAACGUUUAUUUAAGCAGUUUAUAAAUAAAUAUAUCAUUAACUUUUUUCUAUACUUCGUGAAUAUAACAUUGAAACAUAUGAAUAUACCAAUAAAACAUGCGGUUUUACAACUUAUCUUAACAUUUUAACUACAAAACUAUAGUUCUUUAUUUUAAAAUUUCUUUGUAUAGUGAAACAUUAAAUGGUGACCUUCGAAGGUUUCUGGAAUUAGCAAAAUUUUUCACCUUUUAAAACAAACCCAAGUUAUUGUUAUUUUAUCGUUUGCUAUUGUUUACUGUACUUUUUCUGAUAUUUUUUAUUGGUAAAUAUGAUAUGCAGUGUUUUACAUCUUUUAUUUAAACCAGGCUUUCGAGGAGGGUACUUUUUUGGGUAAAAGGAUAACCCCCCUUUUUCCGAAGGAGGAACUUAUUAGGAUUAUCCUAAAAGAAAAGAAAUCCUAUACAAAGGUUUAAUAAUUCGUUGAAUCCCAUGCUCUCGAUUAGCUCUAGUUUUACACAAAUACCAUUAUAGUCAAGCAAUCAUUUUGUAUUUAAUCCCCCCUCUGCCCCUACCAAGAUUUGACACGUUAAAAUGAGCUUAUGAAAGACAGUCAGUCAACGAGAUUGGUACGCGUUAUUGUAUAUUUCUCUGAAAUUAACAAGAAGUUAACAAGAAAUCUGUAAGUUUCUAAACGAGAUGUGUCAAUAAUUUAGUUGGUUAAAAAUAUACCAGGAGCCACAACGUUACAAAACAAUAUUCCUUUGAGAUGCUUCACUAAUCCACACUUGAAUUAUACUCAAAAAAGCAGUCGCUUUGAGAUCGGACAGAGUGUGGGAAAUUCAUAUAGUAUUAAAAAUAGGUCCUAAUAUUAAGCCUUACGUGAUGUGUUGUUCAAUAAUUUAGGAUUUAUCAGUAUUAUUACACUAUUAUCAUCAUAUUACACAACUUGACACAUCUGAUCAUAUGCUUAUUUUAUUCUAUGCAUUUUAAUAUGUAUGUUUUUCUAUAUGUAAGAAUAAAAGAAAUUAAUUUUUAUCUAGAUUCAACUGUUUCCGCGUAAAUAGCAUUAACUAUUUGUUCUACAAAGCUAUAUUGCACAUCUUUGCACACCUGCCUAUAAGUAAUAUGACUAUAUUUACUAUGCAUGCUUUUAGAUUAUUAUUUACCGUUUUACUGUCUACCAAAAGAGAAAAAGAAAUAAAUAUAAUUGAGAUUUA